AUGACCAACCGUGUAGGUGAAAGUAAACAUUUUAUUCUUCCAAAACCACAAAAAAUGAAGGAUACUGAUGUAACAAAUCCAAUUCCUAUAACUAAUCCUUUUGAUAUUGAAAAGAAAAAUAAAAAUGAUUCACCACAAAUAACAAUAAAAGAAAUGUCUUCUGAUAAUUAUUUAAAAAGAUUAGAUAAAAAACCUAUUUUAAUUGAAAAAAAUGGCAAUGAAAAUAUUCAUUUUAAUACUACUGUUGUUUCAGAUCAAAACAAACAAAGACUAUCUGAAGACUUUGUUAAUGAAAAGAAAUCAAUCCAAGAUGAAAAUUUUUAUUUAGAAACUUCAUCUUUGAAUCAAUCUUCAUCAUUAAUUAAUAACUCAGAACCAAAAGAAUUUUGUUUUGGAUCUUCUGAAAGUGAUGACGGGUCAUGUGAAAUAGUUAUGGAUAAUCAAAUUAUUAAAGAGAGUAAACAAAAAGAUAAAAAAUUUCAACAAAUUAGUCUUUCUGAUUUUAAAGAAAAAGAUUGUGGAGAAGGUAUUGGAUUUGAGCUUGGAUAUGGAAUGGACAGCGAAGAUGAAAUUGAACCAGAAAAUAAUACAUUGAAAACAGUACCAAAAGAAUGUUCAAAAUCUCCUCAGACACCAGUUAUCCAAGAUGAUUAUGUAUUUAAAAAGAAAAAUCAAGAAGAACAAAAGUCAUGUGAAUUUGAUUUUGGAAGUGAUAAUCAUGAAAGUUCAAAUAGUUGUAUUUUUAAUGAAUCAAUAAGUAUAGGUGAAAGUCUUGGAAGUAUGUUAAACAGUUGCGAAAUAAAAGAAGGAAGUGAAUUUAAUAGUCCAAUAAAAGGUGAAGAAAAAACAGGAAAAGUUGUGAAAUUAUGGCAACCAUCCUUAUCUGAUUUCAAAGAAAAACUUAAAGAAGAUAAAAAUAGUCUUGUUAUUGGUAAAAAAGAACGUUUAUCUGAUAAAACUGAAGAUUCAAAUAUAGUAGUAACCAAACCUAUAAGUAUCAAAAGAGAAAGUUGUAAAUCAAAUAAAUUAGAACCAAGAGAAUCAUUUAUGGUAAGAACAGAUAAAAAAACAUCAAAUAAUAUUGAUAGCAAAACAAAAGAAGCUUUAGAAAUACAAGAACGAUUAAAAAUAGAAGAGCAACAAUGGUUAAAAAAGAAAGAGGAAGAAGAAAAACGAACAUUAGAAGACCAAUUAAAUUCCUUAGAAAUCACAAAAGAAGAAAACUUAAACAAAGGGAUAAUUAAAUCGUUUAUUCCUAGUUUACAACAGUGGACUGGAAUGCAAAAAUAUGAUGUUAUUUAUAACUCAAAAUUAGAUGGGUUUAAAAAAGAAAGAAUUUACAACCACAUUUGUUUAAAGAAACAUGUUAUGAUCUUAGUAUUUACAACAGAUGGAAAUGUAUUUGGAUGUUAUAAUAGUAAGAGAUUACCUGCUUUAAGUUGUGAAGGGUUUGUAAUGGAUGAUUCACAACAUUUUAUUUUUACAUUAAAAAACCCAUUGUCAAUACCACCAACAAAAUUUGUUAAAAAAAGUAUUUUUGGACCAUCAGUUGGAAUUAAUUUCAAUGGGUAUAAAUCACUUGAUGGUGAAGAUGUUUUGUUAACGUGUAGGUGGUUCUUUUAUAUUCGAGAAAAAGAUUCAAGUAUUUCAUCUUCAUUUAGUAGUAUUUAUAAUGACACUAUUGGAAAAGAGUAUUUUAUAUUCACUGGAAGUACUGUUGUAAAAGUUGAGAGAGUCAUUGCUUUAGAAUGGAAAAAAGACUCAAUUUAA